CGUUCAGGUCUCUGGCUCAGCUGCUACAUACGAUGGCUCGGCGUACGGUGCACGUUGUGCUCGCUCUGUUACCCGCUCUCGUGUCUGCGUUUUCAAACACACAUCCAAUUGUAGCAUGGUCAUCUCAUAGUUCGAACACCCUGUAUGCAGGGUCGCUCGAGAAACCGACACACUCUUCGACCAUACUCGAGACGAUACUCUCGAAGUACGAUGUAUGCUUCAAUGAUGCCAUCAUCCUUGUUGCACAAGAAGGUCUUCACGCCUCUGAUCUACGUACUUUGUCGCCUUCUGGUGUCCUGGCGCAAACUCUGAACAUUGCUGAAUCAACGCUGGAGCUGCCGUAUGUACCCCGCAGUACAUCCCACCCAUUCACUCCGCUUGCGAACGCAGUUGCCGAGCGCUGUGGUGCUCGCGUAGUCAGCUACAGCCCUGGACAGACAGAGGUGACUGGAAAUGCUGGCGAGAAGCAUGUGGUAUGUGUCGACAUGCCUGCCGUUAGUGGGCAAGGGACAGAUCGGAAGAACGCUAUGACGGGCCAUGAAUCUGCCCUAGCAUCUUCUCUCGAUACUCUCUCGGCGGCUUUCCCGAGGCAUCUUGUCGUCUACGCGGGCUGGAGCCCAUCCCUCCACCCUCGCCAAUCACCCUCCCCUUUCUCGCCUUCAUCCGCUGGCGUCAAUACAACAAGCGCAAGCGCAAGCGCGUUCGCUGCCCCAACCGGCGGUAUCCUCUCCCGCUAUCAGCUGCUCACGCCAGGGCUGAUUCUAUCGCUGCUUGUCGGGUUCUUUGUCCUCAUCCCGACGGUUAUGUUGGGUGUAUCCGCGGUUUCGAGUAUCAAGUCUCCUCUGCAGGGUGAACCGCCGAAGGGGUACAUAUCUGCGGAGAAGAAGAAUCAGUAGAGGGGGCUAGCUAUUUACUGCGAGCCUGUACUAUUUGACGUUGCAUGCCAUGCAACACGUCCCUUCCUCGAGCUUUC